UAUGACAACCUUUUCUGACUUAUUUGUUUUGUUUGAAAGUUCCCUCUAUGAAUGUGUUUGAUGCACAAAAUGUCUUUUAUUGGAAUGAAGUCAUUUCUCGGUGACCUACUCAGUAGGCAUGGGUCUGUAAUCCAUCUAACGAAACCUCCUAUUCUAAUGAUUCCCGGAGUAUAGUUAUAAUGGUAGGGGGAGUUUAUACCUUCUUUGGUGGCCCUUGGAUGCACCACACCUUGGAUUUUGGGAACAAAGUAGUUGUUGAAGCCUGUGGUAUUUGGCAACCAGACUCCUCUUCCUUUCUAGAUCAACUACACUUUUUGACCCUUAAUUCCUUGAGAUUAGGAGAGUGAGUCCUAUUGCUGUAAUGUAAAUAGCCCCGGCGAGUCUGGCUUUCCCAUUAGUAGCUUGGUCCAUCUUUUCCAGCGAGGAGUUCUCUCGAAUCAAGGGUACUACUCAUUCCCGUUCUGAGGUGUAAAUCAAAAGCUUCACGGGCGAACCAACAGCUCAUGAGAGAGUCUUUUUUCAUUCGAAUUCAUCAUAUAGGUAGCAGAAAACUCAGUGGACUCCUUUCUUCGUUCGUGGGUUGGUCAGCCAAAGAGCCCUAGCUUGGAAGGGAGCCCGGUUGGAACCGAGGAGAAUGCGUUUUUUUCCAUCUUGCGCCAAUGAAGUCAGUCCGUUCCAGACCUUGGCAGGUGUGGAUAAUGGAAUAUAGAAUAGUAUUCCCCGCAUCAGUAAGAUAGGUCAAGCAAGGCCUUUUCUUUCGUUUAUAGAAAGCCGCUGAAGCUUGAGUGAUGUCUUUGAUGGGAUGAAGAGAGAGAUAUAUAGUUCGUGUGCAGUGAGGGAUCUUUAUAGGCAGCCAGUCUUUACUUAACUCGGCCCAAGCAACGCUCCUUCACUCCCAUGCCUUUCUUGGUCGGACCAACCCAACCGGUGAUUUCCGACAAGUCUUGACUUCAUUUUUCGAGCAAGAAGCGGAACUACAAGAAAGCUUUCUUUAUCUUUAUGGAUAACCAAUUCAUUUUCAAAUAUAGUUGGGGGACUUUACCCAAGAAAUGGGUCAAAAAAAUGGAAAGAUCGGAACAUGGGAAUAGAUCUGAUACCAAUACGGACUACCCAUUUCCAUUGUUGUGCUUUCUGAAAUUGCAUACCUAUACAAGGGUUCAAGUUUCGAUCGAGAUUUGCGGAGUUGAUUAUCCUUCUCGAAAACGCAGAUUUGAAGUGGUCUAUAAUUUACUGAGUACUCGGUAUAACUCACGCAUUCGUGUACAAACCAGUGCAGACGAAGUCACACGAAUAUCUCCGGUAGUCAGUCCAUUUCCAUCAGCCGGCCGGUGGGAGCGAGAAGUUUGGGAUAUGUUUGGUGUUUCUUCCAUCAAUCAUCCGGAUCUACGCCGUAUAUCAACAGAUUAUGGUUUCGAGGGUCAUCCAUUACGAAAGGACCUUCCUCUGAGCGGAUAUGUGGAAGUACGCUAUGAUGAUCCAGAGAAACGUGUGGUUUCUGAACCCAUUGAGAUGACCCAAGAAUUUCGCUAUUUCGAUUCUGCUAGCCCUUGGGAACAGCGUAGCGACGGAUAAUUCAGAAUCAGAAUAGGUCCAGUCCAGAGAGGACAAAUCAAUAGGAAAUGCUAUUUGCUUCGUAAGAAAAUCUGAAUGCACUUCUAUGAAAAAAAAGAGUUUCACGGGAAUUGUCUUGAUCGUCGGAUAUCAUUGAGAAAGAAAUAUACAGAAGUGUUUCUCGAAUGAUUUCCCAGUAUGGAAUGAGUAAAGAAUCAAGCGAAAAGUCUCGAUCUAUACGAACGGCACUGGUUUUUUGUGUUUCUUUCGGUUUCAUGGAUAGCAUCAAAUCCCGACUUUCUACUAUGAAACGUAAAGCGCUUGACUAAUGGGCAAAGGAGCCUGAAAAACGUAAUAGGCUGCUACUCUAGGCUCGCUUCUUCAAGCUCCGCCCCUUAUUGAAAAAGCGCUAACAAGCAAGAAAGAAUAAGGCGCCAAUCUCAUAUUAGUAAAGCAACCUUUCGCGCUAGGCGCUCACUUUUUUUGUCCGGGUUACAGCGCUGGCGGCAGGGCUUGUUGCUUAACCGGAUACACGGAAUUAGGAUCUCUGUCGCAUGCAAAUCUUUCUAUCGGGAAAGCCUCGCUUAUUCAAAGGGCUGAUUAUUUAGAACCCUUAUUGCUUAUAAGUAAGUAAGCGUUAGUAGGAGCGGCGGGAUGAUGAUGAGUAUCUAAAUCAAUAAAGACCAAAAAGCAGAAAUGGAAAGAGUACAACAAACAGGAGAAAGAAGAUCUCUUAUUACUAUAUAUUCAUGCAUAUUACUAAAGAUGACUUGUCGGUAGGAAAGAACUAUGUGGAAAACAGGGCAGGGAUUCUCUACAAUGACACUCACGACCAAUUGAAAGGGAUGUAGUGCAGCUUGGACUUUGUUUUGGGUCCAAAAUCUCAUGGGUUCCAAUCCUGUUCUUCUCCUCUGGGCAGUCACGAGGGAUCCAUUGAGAUCGAUUCAAAUUGGACAUACAUAAUCUUUCAUUUUAUGAGACUAUAUGCAUGCAAGAUGUAUUGGGAAAAAGCAUCCUUCUUUACAGUCGUAUCUACUGUGAUAAGAAAACGCUCUUAGUUCAGUUCGGUAGAACGCGGGUCUCCAAAACCCGAUGUCGUAGGUUCAAAUCCUACAGAGCGUGAUUCCUUUCUUGUUAGGUCUAUCUAAUUACAAUGAAAUAACUUCACUAAAUGGAACAGCAACCUUAAUUUGACCUUCUGCGGAUUCAAAAAAAGAGAUGUUAAUGAAUCAAAGGUCCAACUCGAUUCUAAGACUAGUCAUUUUGAAUUGUGGGAGUAUGAGAAAUCUCUUUGCGGGAGACAGAAGGAAUAUGAAGCGGAUUUAUUUGACAAUGAGAACUAGACACGCGUCCCGUAUCCCCAUGUGGAUAUAACUCACUUUCGACACUUCUUUCUGGUAAAACUGCUUCUUCCUAUGGUUCGUCUUGUUCAUGCAAAGUGUAUUGACGAGUGCCUUCAGAAAGAGACUUCGCGAAGCGGGGUGGUCCGGCUCUCAGAACUAGCUAGAAUUGGGGGGUUUCAUGAAGAAAUGAAAAAAUGGAUCACUCACUGCACACAAACUAUAAGUCUAUUAGCCGCUGGUGCACCAGAGGCAGAAAGCCUUGCACGCACGUAUGUUAGCGAUUCCAUCAGUCAGAUUCACAGUUUUCAUUGUGACUCCAAUGCCCCACACCAGAAGGUAUUUGGACGUCAUUCUUAUUGAUGCAGUAGGCUAAGGCUAAGCAAGAAUUGACUUACUGUAGAAGUGGUGGUGAGCCUUUAUAAGUUCGAGUCAAGCUAGUGGAUUGAGAAAGCAACCGUCUAACAACGAAAAAGAGGGUAAGCGCUGACCCAGCCUAUAAGAGGUGCGCGAGGUGUGAUUGGCGAGCUGUAAUUCCAGGGGUAGAGGAUUAGGCGGGUCCCUUAAUCAAGGAAAGCGCACUUCACGAGCUAUCUUAUCUAGCUACUGUCAGGUUAGCUCCGGUGAGCUAUGAGACUUAGAAACUUUAACCGGCCUUUCUUAUAUUGUAUCUAUGGAAGGAUCCUAACCCCACCCAUCAAUGCACAGGGUAUUCUUCAGGAACUACCUAACGGUGCUUUCCCCCUCCUCUCAUCAUAGGAAUAGAAUAUGGAAAUGUGGUAAGCCUUGCCUUGCCGUCUAAAGUGGUCCAACUUAGCCUCCGUGACCUUAUUCGAUCAAUUUCUAACAGACCCGAUUCAACAAAAAGGAAGCUUUCUCUUUAGAAGAGGUCAACCAGGAUGAGAAGACGGCUAUCGAGGAAAUGCUGAUUAGCUAAAAAAGUCUGUUUAGUUUACGGUCUGAACUUCGGAAGUGAAGGACUGGGGUCAACUUGAAAUAGAUCCUGACUGUAACUACUGUGUCAGAAGAUGUUUUUUCACCUUUCCAUUCCCCCUAUGGUUAUCGAACCAACUGCCCAAGAAUCUCAUAAAGUGGAGGUCCCUUACUAUAAGAUGCAUUUGACUGAGCGAAGUAGCUUUGAAGUGACCAAGAAUGUGAAAUUUUGAUUCGAUGAAACAACUAAUAGAGAAGGCGGAUAGACAGAUAUAUCUAUAUAGAUAUAUCCCCAAAGCCAAGAAAGAAUAUGCGCACACUAUUGAUAUUGAGAAGCUAAAGAAAGAACAGGAACAUCAACCAGGGAUGCACGCUCUCAAGACAUCUCACGUACAUGCCCCAACAGCAUUAGAGAACGGGGAAGAGAAAGUCGCUCCUAACAAAACCAAUAUGGGAAUCGGUUGACCAAUUGCAUAAUAUGUUUCUGAAGGGAAAUCCAAUGGAACAAGAAGAAAGAAAAAUAUGUCAUAUUUGCCCCUAGAGGUAUGUUGGCUGAAGAAUCAGUCCGUCCGACUCAUCCCAAACUAGAUAAUAGGAAUCGGGGGUUUAGAACCCCUAUUCCACUGUUUUCUGUGCAAGAUUCUACAUCCCUUCAGAUUGUCUGGUGAGUUAUCCCAGCACAUGAACCUCAUAACUGGCAUCACAGAAGCUCAGAACAGUAGCAUCAAAAACACUUCACCCGGGGAAACGAAGAGCUAGGCCGAACCCUAAUGUGACCGAACCUAAGCUCUGAUUCUCAUAUUUGCGCCAUUAGCAAGAAAAGGAAAGUGAAGAACAUUGAAGGAUAAUUAGUCAUUUGACAGCUAUAUUAGAAUGAACUUUUUCAAUUGACUGAUCAUUUUCUUGCGGGCAUUGUGGUAGAUAGAAAGUCAGUUCACAUCUCAAUCAGAAGAGGAGACCCCUUCUUUCGUGUCGAUACGAUGCUUGAACCGCACACGGCGUUUGCGGGAAUGAGGAGAUACUAAGCCAAGAAAAGUGAUGCAAAAGCUUCUCAAAAUAAGCAACAGAAAGGCUUUGCCCUCUCUCAUUAUGAAUUCGUUUCGCUUUCAAGAUCUCCGCUCUGCCCGUCUCCGUCCUUUCAAUCUUUAUCCAGAUUCUCUCUAUUUAGAGCAUUUCUUUAGUGAAGAGGCAGCUCGGCUUUAGGAGAAUGUCGUCGUGGUGCCUUUACUUAAUAGGUCUCACGCCAAUCCGGAUCUCAAUCAGGGAACAGUUCCUUUCCUUCUAUGCUCAGGCAGUCAGGACUUCAACAGGUCCCUUGUUUCAAUCCAUGUGAGAACGAGGAGUGCGGCUUUUCUCUCACAGUGAGUGAAUGUGUGCAUCCCUCCGUGUAGGGGUUUUCCAUAAGAGUAAUAAGCUGCCUAUAAGGUGCCUCUUUUCUGUAUAUGUUGGUUGACCAAAGUCAUUCUUCAAGACCUCAUAGUCAUUUCCGUGAACAAUAGGGUAACAAAGAGAAAGCAUUUGAACGACAUUUCAAACAUCAAAUGCAAAGGUUACCCCCUACAAUGAAGAUUGGAAUGAGCGAAAUUACGGAUGUGAAGUGACAAAGAGUAAGAAAUGGAUAGGAGAUUGAUUCCAGGAGCUUUAGGCGUACCAUCACACACAUAAGACAAGAGAGAUACCGCACCUCAUUUUGCUCUUCGAUUUGAAGUAAGCGCUACGAUUGAUUUGCAACGCAUUUUGGUGAUUCAUUUUGCGUAAAGGGUACGAGCUAAAAACAACGCAAAAUGGAAGCCAAAAACAACCAUCAAAAGCGCGAUUCCGUGCCUAUUUACGCGAGCUUUCACUAAGGGUAAUCUCAAACACAUGGAAGCACUAUGGACUCUAUUUGACUCACACUUUUGGAUCUGCCCCAUCUUCCUUAAUAGAAACCCUGUUGAUCUUCGAUCUCAAGGGAUUGUAUAGGAGCCCCGUACUCUAGGGGUGAAGCCCAUCCAUGUUGGGGGGUUGAUUCUGUUGCACCAGCGGUACAUAGACAUAUAGUUUGUGUGCAGUGAGGCUCUAUGUAGGUAGAAAAUGUCGGACCAACAAGACCGAUGUUUGAUUGAAUGGGUUCGGUUAGAAUAGGGUGAGCGUUCGAUCAAGAAUGAAAUUACGAAACUUCCUAGGUAGGUACAGCACCUGCUCUUGAAAAUGACAGGGAAGCUUGUGUUAGAUAGGUCACUUGCAGAGGAAUGUGACUCACGGAAGCUGGAUAUCGAUUAGAAAGGACACACCCGUAGAUACACAACAGGGAUUGACCGAUAGGAACGAAGCUAGCUUGAACCUUUUGAGAUCGAAGACUGAGGCGAAAUCCUUAUCCGAAACAACAAUGGAAUGAAAGAAAGGGGUCUCGCAGCUUCCCUCGAAUGGCGGAAGUGAAAAAGCUGGCUUUGCCCGAACCUAGCAAUGUGAUCGAAAGGAAUGACUAUGUGAAUACUGCUCCUCUUUCUUACCUGCAGGACACUGUUAACGCACUGACAACAGUGAAGCAGAGCGGGCGCAACCCAUCCACAAGGGAGAGGGAUAGGGUUGGUCUCACUGGAGGUGCGACCUGCCUGAUGCUUCUACUUGUUCAGCACCUAACGAAAACGAAAGAAAGAGCAUCUGUCACAAUUGCGUAUUAAACAUUGGAUUCGUCAAUUUUCUCUCUUUCUCAAUGCCAGUCAAACGAAUGCCCCAAUCAUAGGGGAAAUCAUAGUUUGAUCCUUCCUGCCUCAUAAGUCACGCUAGCGUUAUUAAUAACACAUGCUCUAGUGGAACUUUCUUUUUUGGGAAGAAGCUCCUUUGUAAAGCUUUUGAAUUGCCCGGCGAAUCCGCGGAAUCUGCUAAUGAGAUCGGAAUCACUGACACAAUAUCGCGAGAUUAAUGCCACCUCCAAGAACGUUGGUUCAGAGAGCUUUCUAGUCAGAAAAGAGGUUUCAACCUUGGCUCGUGACAGCUGAACUUAAAGAGACAUCAUGGACUUCACUUCAUAGGCCUAUACUAAAAGCAUCAAAACGGCUUAGGGACACCUCAAUAGGAAAUCCCCUGAAAUAGGGCUAUAACGUGUGUUAAAGGUCGCUAAAAUGGUCUACGAAGAGGUUUUUCUUAUAGCCUUGCCUCCUUUCCUGUCUUUGAGUUACUCUGCUGUAGGUCAAGCUCUAAGCCUGAGAUGGAUUGGGAGUUCAGAAAAAUAGUCCAUAGAAUCGAUCUCAAAUCCUAUCCCAUGUUUCUGAAUGUUCGACUUCUAAAUGAUGAGGAUGAGGAAGAAAAUGUGACUGCAAAUCACACUGAUUAUUCACGCAACUCUUUCUUUUUCUCAAAUUCCUUUCAGGAGGUAUUAUCCUGAGGUCAUAUAAGGAUGUCGCCUAAGAUCGUAUCCUCUCGAGCAAGAGGAGAGAUUGGCAUUGGCAAGAGCUUUUCUUUGAAAAUCUGAUCUGUCAGAAUCGCUUAUGUAAGAUCGAUUCGUCAAUGAGGUCUCUGUCUCCGUCAAUCCCACUUCCUUGGUAAGGACCUUACGCGCAUUCAAGAAAGGGGAAGAAAAAGGAUGAAUAGCGGAAUGCAGCCUUAGAAGGCUGGAAGGCUGAGGGAAGAACCAAAAAGACUGCUUUGAGAAGGCCACUAGCUGAGAAAAAGGAGGAAGUGCCUACACAUGAAAACUGGAUAUGACCAGGUCUUCCCAGCAGAUUGAUUAGAGAACUGACCACUAAGGGUAGGAAUCGAAGCUCUCGAGCCAAGGCGGGGGGUUGUUAGAAUAGAAAGCCUAGGAGUAGGCAUAUGACAAA